AUGCCAUCCAAGGGAUCCGUCAACGCAUUCGUAUGUGGACACGUCGACCGCCGUACCUCAAGACUCGGAAACUGCACCAUCCGCGCAAUACACAGAUUCCCAUGUCCCAAAUGCAGCCGCUCCAACCCAGCCACUCAUCCAAGACCAACAGCCCCAGUCUCCCGACACCGUCACCGACUCCCAAACGACAUCUACCGCACCUCCCUGCCAAGCAUCUCCAAAGCCCUCCGCCGCCACCUCACCAACCUAUCCACAUCCCUCACCUCCCUCUCCCCUCCCCACGCAAAACACGACAUCUACGCCCUCCCAGAAUCCCACCUCGACGCCCACCGCGCCGUCUCCGCCCUCGAACACUGGUCCCUCGACUACGCAAACCCAACCAUGCCCCUGCCGCCCCACACUCACAUCCAAGCCACCAUCCUCAAAGCAACAGACUGCAUCGCCGACCUCGAGCUCGAGCUCUCAGAGCGCUUCCGCGAACGCAGCAACAGGGCGCUCGCAGCACAGGUCCGCAAUGUCGUACGUGCUGUCCUCGCAUCUAGGUUGCAAGCGCCCGGGUCGGCGCCCGUCGAGUAUAAUUAUAAUGCCCAGACUGCGUUGCGGCGACGGGUAUUUGCAUCUUCGACGGCAAGGGGUGUGGGGACGGACGCCACUGCGUAUGCGUACGGCGCGUCGCGGUAUGCGCAGGCUGGUCCAGCGCGUUCUUCUUCGUACCCUUGCUUUUCUCCUUCUCCUUCUCCUCCUGUUGGUGCGGGAGCAGCGUGCACAUAUCCGUAUACAGGCACGUACACGCACAGACCACAGUCUGGGGAUGACAUGCACGAUCCGCCGCCCCCUUAUUCGCGAUACGACCCGAUGCGGCGUGGAGGUGCUUAG